ACUGGGGCCGUGUGCAACUCGCGCAUAGACUACGGUCGCGCUGUGCCCUCGCGCAUCAUUCGACCUCCGCGUACCGCAGUCUUGGCAACUCAGCCCUGCACUGUACACGCGUUCGGGAGCUCGACUCUCGUAGCGACUCGACGAACAGGAUAAGUUAAGCGAGCACAAUGCCUUUCAAACCAGCAGAUAACCCCAAAUGUCCGAAAUGCGGCAAGUCCGUAUACGCCGCGGAAGAACGCGUUGCCGGUGGCCUCAAAUGGCACAAAAUGUGUUUCAAAUGCGGCCUUUGCCAGAAGUUACUGGACUCGACCAACUGCUCAGAACACGAAGGUGAACUGUACUGCAAAGUGUGCCACGCGCGUAAAUUCGGACCUAAGGGCUACGGUUUCGGUGGUGGCGCUGGCUGCCUAUCUAUGGACACCGGCGAACACCUUAAGGAUGGGGUACAGACUGUCCGUACCAACGGCGCUUGCUUGGAGCCCCGCGUGAUAGCGAAGGCGCCGCCCGGCGAAGGAUGUCCGCGAUGCGGAGGCUACGUGUAUGCUGCCGAGCAGAUGUUGGCCCGCGGAAAAGCGUGGCACAGGGAGUGUUUCAAAUGUGGCGACUGCAUGAAACGACUGGACUCCACGAACUGUUGCGAGGGCCCUGACAAAGACAUUUACUGCAAAGUUUGUUAUGCCAAGAAGUUUGGUCCUAAGGGAUACGGUUACGGAAAGGGAGCCGGUGUUCUGCAGAGUGACCCUUACGCCAAUGGAGGUAUUGGUCACGGGGGGAUGUCAACCCUGGGGCUUAUGUGUGAUGUAAAGGAUUUGGAGUGGCAAAGUGAUCAAGCUCCGAGAACCACAGUGAUCGACACCGCAGCUAUCCAAGCGCCCCCUGGCAAGGGCUGUCCUCGAUGCGGCGGUGUAGUCUUUGCCGCAGAACAGGUGUUGGCCAAAGGUCGUGAAUGGCAUCGCAAGUGCUUCAAGUGCCGAGAUUGCACUAAGACCUUAGACUCCAUCAUCGCUUGUGACGGACCUGAUUCUGAAGUCUACUGCAAGACCUGCUACGGCAAGAAAUGGGGACCCCACGGCUAUGGCUUUGCCUGUGGCUCCGGUUUCCUGCAGACGGACGGCUUAACUGAGGACGAAAUCUCGGCGAACCGUCCUUACUACAACCCGGACACCACGUCCAUCAAGGCGCCAAAGGGCCAGGGUUGCCCGCGCUGCGGUGGCAUGGUGUUUGCUGCGGAACAACAACUGGCUAAGGGAACUAUGUGGCACAAGAAAUGCUUCAACUGCGCCGAGUGCCAUCGGCCUUUGGACUCAAUGCUGGCGUGUGACGGACCUGAUAAAGAGAUCCACUGCCGUGCUUGCUAUGCAAAACUUUUUGGCCCGAAAGGUUUUGGCUACGGCCACACCCCCACCCUCGUCUCCACUGAUGCUGAGCCCACAGUUACGUACACUGAACAGCUUCCCUUCACUGGUCAGAAAGCAGCCAAAGGCAUGGGCUGUCCAAGAUGUGGUUUUCCUGUCUAUGCUGCGGAACAGAUGAACUCCAAGAAUGGCACAUGGCACAGAAGGUGCUUCACAUGUGCGGAUUGCCACAGAUCUCUUGAUUCCACCAACUUAAAUGAUGGACCCAACGGCGAGAUUUACUGCCGCGGUUGCUACGGCAGGAACUUCGGGCCCAAAGGUGUAGGUUUUGGUUUGGGUGCAGGCACAUUGACGAUGGCAUAAGACUAUGAAGCUGGACUUUAUAGGAACCAUUUCGUUUGAGUGGUAGCUUGAAAGGAAUAUAAUCUGACGCAGACCACGCUACCAAAAGAUCAUACCAUUAAUUAAACUGGUUUUAAUAAUGGUUGAUACAAUCCUAUGAGACUAAUGAAAGUAGAAUAUUAAAUAAUUGUAUUAUAAGUGCAAAUAUUUUAUGAUAUAUAAACAUUACAUAAAUUAAAGGUUACAUUCCUUUCAUAUAUGUACAAAACGUGAUUGGUGAAUGUGUCUGGGCCCUUGGUUUAUAAAUUCGUCAUAAAAUAUUAUAGUAUGUAAGAAAUAUAGACUUAAUUGUAGAUAAGUAAGAAUAAAUUAAUAAAUUAAAAAAAAAAAGAAAAAAAAAUUAUAUGGCAUUGUGAUGAGUCGUGCCUU